AUGCAGCGGGAUUUGUUAAGUUUCCCUCUGUGCCCGGCUGUGCGGGUGAAGCUGGAGUCUGCGGGUUAUGAGACUGCAGAGGAGCUCUUAGAGGUGAAACCUUUAGAGCUCAGCAAAGAAGUUGGGAUAUCUAAAGAAGAAGCCUUAGAAACUCUGCAAAUUAUAAAAAAAGAAUGUCUCACAGAUGAACCAAGAUAUGCUGGUACAGCUGAAUCAGACAAGAAGUGUACAGCACUGGAACUUCUUAAGCAGGAGCAUACCCAGAACUUUAUAAUUACCUUCUGUUCAGCACUAGAUAAUAUUCUUGGGGGUGGAGUACCCUUAACCAAAACAACAGAGAUUUGUGGUACACCAGGUGUUGGAAAAACACAAUUAUGGUAA